AUGCUCCCCUUUGACCAGUAUACGUCCUUCGGUCCAGCUACAACAAAAGUUGCCUCGGCUGCUGUAAGCUUCGGAACAAAGGCCGCCGUGAUUGCCGAAUCCACCGGUACAACAGUGGCAGCGGCAGACACAGGAUACUGGCUAGCAGACAUCGCUCAUCAAGGAGUCGCAGCCUUCAACUCGAACCCGUCUGGCUAUAAAGUCUUUCGAAAUGUGAAGGACUACGGAGCUAAAGGUGAUGGUGUGACCGAUGAUACAGCCGCGAUCAAUGCGGCCAUCAGCGCCGGUGGUCGGUUUGGCCCAGCAAGCCGACAAUCCUCCACCACAACCCCCGCGAUAGUUUACUUCCCCUCUGGGACGUACCUAAUUUCAACGUCGAUUAUUGAUUACUAUUUCACCCAGUUGAUUGGCAACCCGAAUGCAAUGCCCGUCAUAAAGGCAACCGCAGGGUUUGUGGGACUCGGCAUGAUUGACGGGGACCAAUACCAGAACGAUGGAAACCAGGGCUGGACGUCGACGAAUGUUUUCUUCAGACAAAUUCGCAAUUUGAAAUUGGACUUGACUUCAAUCCCUGCUGGUACUGCUGCGACUGGUAUUCACUGGCCGACUGGCCAGGCUUCUAGCAUCGAGAAUGUUGUCAUUACGAUGAGUUCUGCUUCUGGAACGCAACACCAGGGUAUCUUCAUUGAGAACGGCUCUGGUGGCUGGAUGACCGAUGUGGUAAUUACUGGUGGCCUCUAUGGUGCCAAUAUUGGCAACCAGCAAUUUACAAUGCGGAACUUGGCCAUUUCGAACGCAGUGACCGCAAUUUCUCAGAUCUGGAACUGGGGGUGGACUUACCAAGGUCUGUCAUUGUCUGAUUGCACAACCGCUAUUUCGAUCAGCAAUGGUGGUGCCGGGGCCCAGCUCAUUGGCUCGGUCAACAUCCUUGACAGCACUAUCCAAAACUGCCCUACCUUUGUCGAUACCGCUUGGCAGACCUCGACGCUAUCAACUGGCAGCCUCAUUCUGGAAAACGUAGUUCUGAAAAAUGUCCCGGUUGCAGUCAAAGGCGUCAGCGGUACUGUCCUUGCUGGCUCGACAGGUUCCACGACCAUUGGUGCUUGGGGACAAGGCCACAAGUAUACUCCAAAUGGACCGACUAAUUUCCAGGGCUCUUUCACUCCGCCGACACGCCCGAGCGCUUUGCUUGCUGGUGGGUCGAACAGGUAUUUUACCAAGUCCAAGCCUCAGUAUGAACAAUCUCCAGUAGCUUCGUUUGUCAGUAUUAGAAGUGCAGGCGCCAAGGGAGAUGGUUCAACCGACGACACCGCAACCAUUCAAUCCGCAUUGACAUCUGCUGCGUCUGCGGGUAAAAUUGUGUUCUUCGAUCAAGGAACAUACAAAGUCACCAGCACUCUUUACGUCCCACCGGGCUCUCGAGUUGUCGGUGAGGCGUAUUCUGUCAUCAUGGCCGCUGGAAGUGUGUGGUCGAGUAUUACAAAUCCUGUGCCGGUGGUUCAAAUUGGUAAAUCUGGAGAAUCUGGAUCUGUUGAAUGGUCUGACAUGAUUGUGAGCACCUCGGGCUCUACGCCGGGCGCUGUACUGAUCGAAUGGAACUUGGCGGCUAUAUCAGGCUCUGGGAUGUGGGAUGUUCAUACUCGUAUCGGAGGCUUCCAAGGAUCUAACCAACAGGUUGCUCAGUGCCCAACGACUGCGGCUGUCUCUGCAGCCUGCCAGGCUGCUUACAUGUCCAUGCACAUCACCAAAGUUGCCAGCGGUGUCUACUUGGAGAAUGUUUGGCUCUGGACCGCCGAUCAUGACCUCGAAAGCCCGACAAAUACCCAGAUCUCGGUGUACACCGGUCGUGGUCUCUUGGUGGAAGGAAAGAAUGUCUGGCUAUAUGGAACGGGAUCCGAACACCACUCGCUGUACCAGUAUCAAUUCUCAGGCGCAAGUUCGAUUGUCGGGGGUUUCAUGCAGACAGAAACACCAUACUAUCAGCCAAAUCCCAACGCAGCUAACGGCCCAUACCCCACCAACUCCAAUCUCCAUGAUCCCGACUAUAGUAACUGUCUCGGUGGAAACUGUGAUGCUCUUGGUCUUCGAAUUCUGAAUUCCAAGAAUGUGAACAUCUACGGGGCUGGGCUAUACAGCUUCUUCAACAACUACAGCACCACUUGCUCCACGUUCCCCCUUCCGGAGAAUUGCCAAAGUAUGAUCUUCAGCAUUGAGGGCAGUACAAGUGGACUGGUGGUAUAUGGACUAAACACUGUUGGGACAAGCUAUAUGAUCGUGAAGGAUGGUACUGCGUUGGCGACGGUUGGCGACAAUCUGGCUACCUAUGCUGCUACUAUUGCGUACUUCACCUUCUAG